UGAAAAGUUGAAAAGAGAGGUUUGUGGAGGCUGAACCAAAACAAUCAGCUGCUGCUUGUGUGUAAGACUUCAGUUGAUGAUUUGUUGAUCGGUUGUAGCCGAGGUACUUCCAGCUAUGGAUCUGAGCGGAAUUCUGAUGCAGAUUGAAAACGGGAACGAUGAGGAAGUCGAAAAGCGUUUGCAGAAAUAUAACGCAGAGAACUGUAAGACAUUUGCCUUUGACAGCAAACAAGAGGAGGCUCGAAAAAAUCUGUGUCAGGGCAUACUCUCAGUGCUUAACCAGCCUGUGCAGCCCCAAUGUCAGAGCACCUGUCUGGAGACCAUGCGCAUCCUGUCUCGUGAUAAGCGUGUCCUUGGGCCUGUGGGCACCCAUGACGGCAUCGUCACUCUUGCCCGUCUGGCGCGCAUUCCGGUGCCUGAUGUCGACGUGAAACCUCUGCAGAAAAUAUCGACGGCUGAGGAGCGGGUAGUGGUGGAGGCGCUCAAAUGUCUGUGUAACGUGGUGUUUAACAGCGUGCCAGCACAGCAGAUUGGUGCAGACGUGCAGCUGGCGCAGGGUUUGUGUAACUAUCUGCGCUCACUGACUUCCAUCCGUCAUGAUGUGGAGCUCUUCUCUUUGCGUUUGCUCUUCCUGCUCUCUGCCCUGAGGGUGGACAUCCGGAGAGUCCUGCAGCAGGAUUCAGACGCUGUGGAGCUGCUCACUGGUCUACUCGAGCGCGCGUUGGACGUGCGAUGGGUGGGGCCGUACGAAGUCGCGUGUCCUGACCCACAGGCCCCACCCAUUUCCCUGGAGAGGAACGAUCGGGCAAUGGAGUCACUCAAAGCUCUGUUUAACAUCACCAUGGGUGAUUCAAGUGAUGAGCAUCAUGAUCACCAGCUGAGGCGUAUAGUAGCCAUACUGCGUCAUUAUCUAAUGCUGAGGGUUCAGACUGAGGAGAAAACCGAGGAAGCUCACAGUCAUGCCAUAAAUCUUCUAAGCAACCUUCCCGUAUCCUGCCUGGAUGUACUGAUCGAUGUGCCUGCACAUGGUGGACUUAAGGAAUAUGGUGGGAAGAACAUGGACGUCCUGCAGGUGCUUCUGGACUUCAUGGAGAAAAGAAUAGACGGGGGGUCAAACUACAGAGAAGGUCUGACUCCAGUGUUAAGCCUGAUGACGGAAAGUUCCAGAUACCACAGGGAGAUUCGCAGAUAUUUCAAAGCUAAGGUUUUACCACCUCUUAAAGAUGUGAAAGUGAGACCAGAAAUUGGCAGCACAGUCCGCAACAAACUGGUGCGCCUCAUGACUCACAUAGACAUGGGGGUAAAACAGGGGGCUGCGGAGUUCCUUUUUGUCCUCUGCAAGGAAAGUGUGGACAAUCUUUUAAAGUACACUGGAUAUGGCAACGCUGCAGGGCUGCUGGUGGCUCGGGGGCUGCUGGCAGGGGGCAGAGGAGACACUGAGUACUCUCCUGAUGAGGAUUCAGACACUGAGGAGUACAAAUCAGCGAAACCAUUCAUUAACCCGAUUACAGGACAUAUAGAGGAGCCGAUGCCGAACCCUAUUGAGGACAUGACCGAGGAACAAAAGGAAUACGAAGCUCAGAAACUUGUAAACAUGAUCGGCGAGUUGUCAAGGCAACAACUGAUCAGGCCAAUGGGAGUGAGGAAGGAUGGCACACUAGCUCCCCUAGAGGAAGCGAUACACAAAUGCAACAUUCCAAAAAAUAGUGAUUCAGACUCUGAUUAAGACCCAACUCACACACUCGCACGCUCACUCACUGAACUGCCACAAAGUCAGCACUCCAUAAAAAAAGGAAAAAAAUAGAACUAGAUUGUGUUAGAAACAGUUUGCGUGUGCCUGUUUGAUUUCUGAGUCUGUCAGACAUGUCCGAAUAAGAGUGGAGUCUCAGUUUAGUGAACAUGUAAAUCACACAGGCACAGACUUUAUUUUUGGUGUUAUCUACCACAAACAUGACAGUGGUUUGAUCUGAGAUUUGGAUUUCUGAGAUUUGCUCUGAGACGUCACUCACAACCAGAAAUUAAUAACUACUAAUGAAACCAAUAGUAAGCCUCUUUUAUUAUCUCUAAAACCAAACCGGUACAAAUGAAUGUUUGUUCACAUUUUCUUUUUGUGCUGCAUUCACUGAGUUUCUCACUGAUGCGCAGGACAAGGCUAGUAAAAGAAUCAGAUGGAAUCCACAUCACUUUCAGAUCAUAAGCAAUAUUGUCAGUUUGUAAUUUUGCUUUACUUUUGGUAAUCAUUCCUGACCUUAUUGCAGAAGAUGCUGAAUGUUAGACUGUUAAAAUUAUUUUGUAGGGGUAAAUAGGAUGACCACAUUGGUGUAUUUCUCUUUAUUGAAGCUAGGUGAGAAGUAACAUGCAGCAAGAAGCAGAUUGUAGUUAAAUGACUAAAGGAAAUGUUUGGAAAUUGUUUAAUGUCUUAUAUCACUAGUAUGGCUUUAAUGAUACAGGAACACGCACGUAAACACACAGUCUUUAUAAGUCUAGCAUGAUGUCACUGCUUCAAUAUUACAUUUGGACAAUCGUAUUAAGAAACUUUUUUUUUUUUCUUCCCCGUAGAAGAUUAAGCUGUAAAGUGAUUUUUUUUUCUUUUAAUUUUAUUUCAAUGAAUACUUACAGAAGCGACUAUGACUUGAAUAAUACUCAUUUUAUAUAUUAUUAUUAUUAUUAUUAACUAAAGUGGAUUUGUUAAUAAUACUUAAAAGAAUGCUAGAAUCACAUGCCUAUUUUUUUUAAAUCGAUUUAAUAAAUUUAAAUCGUGUCACUAUUUACAGUUUAACGAAUUUAUAAGGCAAUUCCUUGUGAGUCAGCCCCAACAUUGUUUCAAACCAUACUGAUUCACUACUGCUUAAAGAAACUCCUCUCAUACUGACUAAACAUUUACAGUACGUAUAAAAUUAAGCAGUUAAGUCCAGGGCUGAGCAUUGAAAACCACAAAGAGGCAUGAAAGUGAUGAAACUUAGAAAGAA